CACGGAUUGGUCGAUUAACCACUCAACUCAUCUCAUCCCGUUCCCGUUGCCGCUGACGGGCUUCGUUCCGAGUCCCGACUCCCAUCGCCGUCUUCGUCGGUAUCGCAAUAUGACUAUUGUUGGGGUGCCUCAUCCGUUUUGACAUGUUUGACAUCCGCAACUGGCCUGGAUCUCCGCGACCCCUGGUCUAUGUGAUGUGCUUCGGAAGAUUUCACGCGUCAAUUCAUGCUUCAAGGACAUGCGAACUGGUCGUCCCCAUCGGAGCCACACAUCGUGAACAGCACACCCCUUGUCUUUCCAACCCAUGGCCAACGGCUAGGCCUUUGGCGGCCACCCCUUGGCCCUGCAACGACACCAAACCAAACAUCGUGAAAUGGACCGGGCAUGAGCCAAACUGCAAGGCGCAAGAAACGGCUCAGCCAAACCCCCUGCCAUGCUCGUCACAUCAUGAGGCUCUCCACCACGACGACGACAUCUUAUUCCCCGUUUCCCAUCUGCCAUCCCUCCAGUCCGUGACAACUCCACAUCCCCCGCUAGCCACGUUCGUCGCCUGCCCAGAUAACGAUCUUAGCACCAUCGCCGCGCAAAACAAAAGAACUCUUGCAACUCCCUGAAGUAGCAAGAUCCCCUCUGCCACACGCUCCACGCACGCCCACUCGCCUCGCUCGUUACCUUCUAGACGAACGCCUCUAUCCCUAUUUCUGUAUGAUUGUAUUUCUGGCUUACCCGGUCUUGCCAGCCAGAAACCAGCCCGUCCAGCCCCUUUGCCAACUAUGCCAGCCCAUCCAGGGCGCUAGAGAGCUCCGCUAGGAGAGCCAAGGUGAAGAAAAGCCUCAGAGUUGGACGAAACCAGCCAGCGACAGCGCCCACCGCCGCCCUAGCAGAGCUGUCCAGCGCACCGUCGCGGGCGCCAUCUGCCAGGCGUGCCAGAGAAGCUC